AUGAUGGCCGACGAACUAGAUCUAGGUCCAACCGACAACCAGAGCUUGAGCGGCGACGAGACUGCACGAGAGAAUAAGGAGGACGACCAGGCCACCAUAACAGGUCAAGAUGGAGAGGAAGUGGAAGAGCAGCCACCAGCGGCAUCCCCAAUGCCUGCGCCCACUCCGGUUGCGCCGAGCGCCAUAGCGAACCGUUACCGCGAGCCGGUCGAAGCCGAACAAGGGGAUGCGACAACCUCAGAAGAUGGUUCUACAGAUGGAGUGCUGCGCUCAGCCACGAGCCCUCUCGAGUCCUUUCCUACACUCUCUGGAGACUCUCCUUCCGUACAAGGCUCUGUCGUUUCGUCGCCGGGUAGCAGCAACAUCCUCCCUUCUUUGGCACUCCGUCCCGGGUUAAGAGGCCCGACGCCCUCUUUCCGGCCGUUUGAUCGGAGGUUCUCCUCCUUUGGCUCCCCUGGUACACUCUCACCACGGCCGUCUUCUCCAGCGUUUCUUGCGGGCCAUAGCAGGACCCUGUCCGUAACGAGCAACUUGCUACUCGACUCCAGUGAAACCGAAACAAGCUCUCCUCCUUGGGAAGUUGUGCGCUGGACAAAGUUGGUGAAAUUGGAUGGGCUAGCAUUCUCCGAAUCGGGGAGGAGGAACUUUGGCUCUCCCACGUGCCUAGCCGUUUCUGCCUCGAUCGUGCUGGGAACGUCAAAAGGAGUUAUCCUAGUGUUCGACUUUAAUCAGAAUCUGAAGAUGAUAAUUGGGCCGGGAACAAAAGGUUUGUCUUUUCUCUCUAUCUCCGCACCUUGUUUGUUGCUGUUAUUGACCAGUUACACAGCUGUUGAAUCAGGGGCCGUGACAUCUCUCGCAAUUUCGGCGGACCACACGACAAUCGCAGGCGGACAUGCCAAUGGAAAUAUCUUUACAUGGGAUACCACUCGUCCUUCACGACCGUUUCUCAGUAUUCCACACCUACCCCAGCUUCAGCAGAGAUCAACUGACGGACAUGUCCCUGACACCAAGAUAACGCAUCUGGGCUUUCUGGGGACCCGACAUACAGCCCUAGUGUCUGCUGAUGACCGAGGGAUGGCCUUCUCUCACCUUGCUACCCGGGGUACUGGAUCAUUUGGCAGGACUGUCAAGACUACGCGAAUUCUCGGCCGGUACCCAGACGCUCCAGUGCCUGUUGGGAAGACACUCAAGCCCAGUACUGUGCUUGCCUUUCAGUCUCUGCCUCUGGGAAAUGUUGAGAUGGCCACGGACUCUAUGGGGCUGACAGCCAUGCUCACCCCAUACUUGCUAGUCAUCGUCUCUACUACGCCUGUCGCUCAAACACAACAUAAGUCUGCGCGUCCAAAGGAAGUGACCGCACACAGUGCCAUGACAGGAUGUCUCGCUUGGUUUCCCGCAGUAAGAUUGAAGGUGCCAGAUCCCGUUACUGGUAACAACGUUUCCAAGGUCAAGCUCGUCUACUGUUGGUCAAACGUUCUUACGGUCCUUGAGGUAGAGGAGGAGCCAGCAGAAAACAAGGAUAAACCGCCAACCCUCAGAUUCAGACCCCGAAACCGGUGGAAGUGUGAAGAGCCGAUCGUUGCUGUACAGUGGUUGAGCCGGUCUGUGUUGACAGUUCUCACCAUCACUCAAAGGCUCAUUGUGCUGGAGGAUCGAACCAUGCGCAUGACCGAAGCAUUCGACCUUAUACACAAGCACAUCUACCAUGUGGAUAUCUUCUCCAAGCAACUUCACACUCUAGUAGAGCAGCUUGACGAUGAAGAUCCCACCAUGCAUGGCGUUGUUGCUGAUGCCUUCUACAUGAGCUUCAAGGCUUACAAAGGCCGGCUCUUUCUGCUUGGAUUCAACGAGGUCUCUUUAGGCGCCUUAUCCAACUGGGCGGAUCGGCUGUUCGCAUUGAUGGAAAGCGGUGAUUAUGUCGGUGCCAUUCGACUUGCGACAUCUUACUACACAGGGGAUGCCAACAAGUUGACUAUUGGUUUACCGGAGGAUACGGCUCUAAGACAAUCCAUGGUUAUUGAUAAACUCAUGGAAAUCAUGAGCGCAUCUCUCAAAUACGCAUUUGGGCAGAGAACAAAACGCCGAGAACCGGGAGACGAUCAACACCUUCGGGAACUAGCAGAGACCUGCUUCAUAGCUUCUCAUAAUACCGGAAAGACCGACUUUCUUUUCGAUGAGAUGUACGAAUGGUAUGAAGAUGCUGGUCUGGAAGGCAUCUUCCUUGAAACCCUCGAGCCAUAUAUCAUCGAUGGAUUGAUCACAGCCAUCCCGCCCGCUGUUGUCAAAGCCUUGGUUACUCACUUCGUCAGCAACGGACUCGAAACCAGGCUCGAAGACAUCAUUUGCCACAUGGACACUUCAACCCUAGAUCUUGAUCAAGUAACGAUGCUCUGCAAAAAGCACAGCCUGUAUGACGCGUUGAUAUACGUGUGGAACCAGGCCCUAAACGAUUAUCUGACCCCAUUCAUCGACUUGCUGGCCUUGUUGGUACCGUUGAUGCAGAAUGGGGAUGCGGAUGGAACGGCAAGCGUGUUGGAGAACGAGAUCAGAGAGACAAACGCACUGAAGAUCUUUCCAUAUCUGUCGUUCAUCCUUACCGGAAAGACCUAUCCCAUGGGAGAGAAGAUUCCCGAUGCUAUAGCUCAAAAGGCCAAGGCAGAGAUUUAUUGGUUUCUCUUUUCGGGCAAAAGUAUCUCCUGGCCUAAGGGCAGCAGUAAGAGGCUGCUUACGCGACCAGCACAGUCUCAAGAGCCAUCUUUCCCCUACUUGAGGAUGAUCCUCAACUUUGAUGCACCCAGCUUCCUGAGUGUGCUCAACGAGGCAUUUGAAGACUCCUUCUUGAACGAUUCACCCGAAAAGCAGCUGGCCGGUGGCCCAAGUCGUGAUCUUCCAGAGGAAGAGAUAUUUGGACUUACGGUAGACAGGCAGUACAUUACCUCCAUCUUAAUGGAGAUAAUGAAUCCGGCAGACUUUGCCAAGGAGGACACUAUCUAUCUCGAUAUGUUUGUCGCCAGAAACCUUCCCAAAUAUCCGCAAUACCUUCUCUUCACAGGAUCGACACUUACCAAGGUCCUCACUGGACUAUGUCAAUAUCCAGGGGAUGACCUUGCCGAGGACGCCCAACUCAGCGCCGAAUAUCUACUUUCAGUUUAUCAUCCCCCAGAUCUGCCCGACUUGAUUCCUCGGUUCAAGGAGGCUGGAUUCUAUCGGAUACUGAAGCGUAUAUACAAAGCAGACAAACAGUAUGGGAAACUGACUUUGACCUACUUCGAGGAUCCGAACGAGCGCGAUGCGAUCUUUGAUUGCAUCGAGCUCUGCCUUCGACCACACUCAGGUCUUACUCGCCGUCAGGUACAGGAUGUGCACCAAGUCAUCAAGGACUACGCUGGUAAACUAGUUGAGAUUGGCUCUGCCAGAGCGGCGCAAGCAAUUGAGACUUAUGCUCCAGAGUUGCACAACCAUAUCCUUGGUUCCGUUUCAGAGCAGUCGCACCUUCAAUAUACUUAUCUGAAGACGAUAUUGGAGCCCAGAAAAGAGGUGGUGAACUUUCAUCCACCUCAGCAGGAUCUGGUGGAGCAGUAUUUGCAGCUCAUGUGCCGCUUUGAACCAUCACAUGUACCAGAGUACGUGAACAAGGUCCAAGCUACGAACCUGAGGCUGGAGAAGUUACUGCCUACGAUGGAAGAAACGGGUGUGAUUGACGCUGCCGUCAUAUUGAUGGCGAAAGAAGGGCAAGUGAAGGAGGCCAUGGAGCGACUGACAAGACACUUGGAGACUCUUGAGUCAGCCUUACAUGGCCUAUUGACCGGAACCGCCUCUCAGGCGCAAGCGGACCUCAACCCUCAAGAAAAUGCCGAGGGACUCAUGCACGCGUUGCAAAACUACACGCGGGUGGGUAUUUGGCUAUGUCAAGAACAAACCAAAGCCACCCAAGAGAGUGGUCAUGCGCGUCAACGACACGGAUCACAUUCCAAAGACGAUCUCUCACCCGACGAGCAGCUUUGGCUCAGCUUGAUUGAGAGCUGCGUACAGAUCACCAAGCGAGUUACCGCAGCGUUGCAGUCACCAUCACCACCAGAAGAUUCAACACAAGGACAGCUUACGAAUGGCAGAGGAUCCCACCACAACGGUGAAUCCGUCGUUGCGGCAUUAGACACAGAGAAGCUCGUCACCAUGGUCCGAUCACUCGUACAAAAUACGUUCACAACCCUCCUCUUAUCCACCUCAACCCGUACCUCCCGAUCUACAAACACAAAAGUCGGUGGUGAUGCACAACCUCCACCUACAGUGAACAUAAACACCAAUCUCUCUUUCCUCCGCAUCCUGCGCGCAUUCCUCACCCGGGCCGCGGCAUCGUCACCCAACCUCGCAGACCUCCGUUCAGUUCUCUCCAGCAUCUUCGCCGCAUACGCAUACGAGGAGUCUAUCUUGGGUCUCUCCAACCGGCUUCUGGAACGCAGUCUCUUUGUGAGCGUAAAUCAAGCCGUCCAACUUCGCCAGCGAGGGUGGCGUCCCAAAGGGUCUACUUGUGAAGCAUGCGGUCGAAGGGUAUGGGGGCCUGGCGUAGCGGGGAAUGUCUACGAGGCGUGGGAAGAAAGGCAGGCGGUUGAGGAGAGUCAGAGGCAGGCGCGGAAACAGAUCACAAUGGGUGGAGGGAAUAAUGCGUCGGGUCACGCUGCUGCUGAAGGGACGGACGGUCCAACUGGUGGGGAAGAGUAUUGUGGGAAUGGGAAUGGGCAUGGACAUGGAAAGGGGAAAGGCAAGGGGAAGGAUGUGAGCAGCCCCCGACUUGGCCAGCACGACGAAAACCAACAGGCAAAUACUUCUGGACAAGAAGGCAUGCAAGGACCGAUGGCGGGGAAGCGGGAACAGAAGCUUAGCCCUCUUGUUGUGCUUGCUUGUAGGCACGUUUACCAUCAAGCGUGUUUGGAUGCUCUUCAGAUGAAGAAUGGGGGUGCGCCUGCUAAUGGUGGUGGGUUGGGGGUGAAGAGGCAGUAUAGGUGCCCUAUUGACAGAUAG